AUGACGGGUGAAAAAGCUAAGGAGCCGGAUGCUAAGGAGAAGAAACCUGAAGCCAAGAAGGCUGAUGGCGGUGGCAAGGUUAAAAAGGCUAACCUCAAGGCUAAAAAGCCCAAGAAGGGGAAGCCCCACUGCAGCCGAAAUCCUGUCCUCGUUAGAGGAAUUGGCAGAUAUUCCCGAUCUGCUAUGUAUUCCAGAAAGGCCAUGUACAAGAGGAAAUACUCAGCGAAUAAGUCCAGGAUUGAAAAGAAGAAGAAGGAGAAGGUUCCUGCUACUAUCACAAAACCAGUUGGUGGUGACAAGAAUGGUGGUACCCGGGUGGUUAAACUUCGCAAAAUGCCUAGAUAUUAUCCUACUGAAGAUGUUCCUCGAAAGCUGUUGAGCCACGGCAAAAAACCUUUCAGUCAGCACGUGAGAAGACUGCGAGCUAGCAUCACUCCAGGGACCAUUCUGAUCAUCCUUACUGGGCGCCACAGAGGCAAGAGGGUGGUUUUCUUGAAGCAGCUGAGCAGUGGGUUGCUACUUGUGACUGGACCUCUGGUCCUCAAUCGGGUUCCUCUGCGUAGAACACACCAGAAAUUUGUCAUCGCCACCUCUACAAAAAUUGAUAUCAGCAAUAUAAAAAUACCAAAACAUCUCACUGAUGCAUACUUUAAGAAGAAGAAGCUGCGGAAGCCUAGACACCAGGAAGGUGAGAUCUUCGACACAGAAAAAGAGAAGUACGAGAUUACAGAGCAGCGCAAGGCAGAUCAGAAAGCUGUGGACUCGCAAAUUUUACCAAAAAUCAAAGCUGUUCCUCAGCUCCAAGGCUACCUGCGAUCUCUGUUUGCCCUGACAAAUGGAAUUUAUCCUCACAAAUUGGUGUUCUAAAUUUCUUACCAAGAACCAAAUUAAAUAACUGAUACAUUUCAUUUGUGUCUCUGUCUUUGGAGGGGAGGGUGUGGUGAAAAAAACUUACCUGCCAAGAGGUGUGAUUUGGCCCUGCCAACUUAAUGGGAUUUUUGCCUCUCCUCUAAAGAGUGGGAUGGGAGGGGAGUGGGGUCUGCAGUAGAGCCUGCUCCUCAUCAGCUUUGAAUCAGUAUUCUUCGCUUCAAGUUUAUACUUAGUGUCUGGCUUCUCGGCUUUUUCACCCACACUCUACCGAUAUAAAACAGUGGCAUUUUCCCAAUCGUCCCUGAAUAAGCGAUACUAAACUAUGUAGAUGAGAAGCAACUGUGGGUUCCUCAGACUGCAGACCUCCUCCCCUUUAGUUACUUAACAUGUGCUUAAUUCCCAGCCCCUCCCCUACAAUCAUUGCUAUUUCUUGUGGAGCAUUCCCAUUUUCUCACAGGCUGAUGUUCUUUUAUAGUCAGCUCCUGCUCCCAUUAACCAUUGAUUAAGUUUGUGUUCAUGUAGUUUCCCUUUUUCCAGGAAGUCAUAUAGUAUGCAGUCUUUUAAGUCUGCCUUAGCAUAAUAAACUUUUGAGAUUUGUUCAUGUUCAUGGUUAAGUAAUUAUUAUUUACUAGUAUUCCACUGUAUCUGUAUCACUGUAUCCAAUUCACCAUUUGAAAGACAUUUGGACUGCUUACAAUUAUUGCUGAUUAUGGGUAAAGCCACUAUAAACAUCUGUGUACAGGU